CUCUUCCUAUUCCGGAUCGGUUGCGUAACCCUCACUCCUCAGCUAGAAUAAAUAAACAUGCAAAUAUAAAAGACAUAAAAGCGUCAUACGUUUUAAAUCGUUUAUACAACAAGAAAGAUAAGUUUGAGUAGAGUUCGUGUAUAAUUUUCACAAGGAAAUGUCAGCGAGAAAAGCACCGAGCGCUGCCGAAGUCGCUGAAUUCACUUCACCCGCAGUCAAUGAAUCUGAAACAGACAAAUUACUGAGGAAAAGUAGAGAUCAGCCGUUCGUCCCUCUAGGUAAAUACAGAGCUAUUUCACAAUAUUUUUUAUUUUGAUCCGUAACUUUGUGAUUUCUAAACAUUAUGCUGAAAUUCUAGCGUGUAUUAUAUUAAAGUUGUGAUGUUGUAUGACUGGCUGUUGCAAUAUUUUUGUUCAUAUAGAGGUAUACUUAGAUAGUAAUUACGUAAUUGUUUUCAUUUAAAUCAGUUGUGGAAUUAUGUAGGACAAUGACCAUGUUGGCAUGUUGCAAAAUGCAAUAUUAUUUCAUUUAAUGUAUUCCAAUUAGCCUUUCUCAUGCGGGCCAAUAUCGAACAUUUUUAAGGUACUGUCAUCCUUCAUCAAAGAAUCUAGACAAUUAACUGUAAAUUUAAUAUUCCCACAACUACAGUGAUAAAAGUUGCAUUUUGUGGUGCAUACACUCUCAGAUUUGGGACAGGCAGUACCUCCAAAAUGGUUGGCAAACAGCUCAUAUGAGCAAAGCUCAUAUGAGCAAACCUCAGGUGUGCAGCACUUUUGACUAUAGUUUUGCAGUACCUGUGGCAUGUUAUUGGCGAUAAUCAAGUGUGUUCGUGGUGAAUGGUGAUAAUCAAGGCCUUUCAAUUUAGGGCCAGCUGUGGCAAAAUUUCUUCAGGGCUCUAUGUUAGAAUUAUAUUGAAGAGUAAUUAGAAGAGUAACCAUACGUUAGGGUUUGGUGGUGUUGGUGCUUAUUUUGAAGGCUCGGGAGAAAUGCUUAAUUAUUUUGAAGGAGGUUUCCUACCUUGCUCCUCUCUCAGCAGCCUAGUGCUAAUGGUCCGGAUAUUACAACAAGCUUGUGAGUUUGAAACCUAGACAUGGCAGGCAGAAUUUUCUGCUUGCACGGUUUGGACCCAUUCACUCAAGAACAUUUCAUCCUCAUCAUAUUACCAUGUCAACCGUACCAUAUAUAAGAUAAUAUAUAUGUAGACAUGUAGUGCAAAGAUAGAUGCAUGAUUCUAUCAAUCUAUCCCCCCCCCCCCAUGGUUCUUCACUGUGGAAUGCUAAAGAGAAAGGUACUUUUGGAACAUCAUGAUUUAAAGCCACUAAUUAAGUUGCAUUGUAUUCCCCAAUGUGCCCUACUUUAUUAUUUUACUCUGUCCAAUGCCAGACAACUUUACUCAUCAAAGGAAGAGUGCUGGCACUCAAUGGGUUAAAUGUGGUUUUGACAAUUUUCUAGGAAUUCUUGGUACAAUUGGUGCUCUUGCAUAUGGUGCUUAUGCUUACAAGAAUCGAGGACCAAUGAGCACAAGCCGCUACCUCAUGAGACUCAGAGUAAUAGCUCAAUCAAUGGUUGUUGGUGCGAUAAUGGUUGGAGUUGGUUACACAGCUAUAAAGGAAAAGCAAGAAAGCAAACAUAAUUGAUUUAUAGUGGCUAAAUAUGAUAUACUGAAUUCUAGUUGGUUAAUAUUAUACAACUAUUCCAAAUGUAAAUAGAUAAUAAUAUUAAAUAUUGGUUAUAUAUAUCAUUUAAUGAUAAUAUAUAAUUUUGAUUAUAAGAAACAGUUCUAGACAACUUUAAACUAGAUGUGCUUGUGUACAUAGUCAAUUCUUAGAGUAAUAGCCUAUGCAGUAGAGCUCCAGCCCAGCAGAACAUGAGAAACAAAGUGUGGGUAUACACUGUAGGCUAUAGAGUAAAGGUCUGGAAAGUUGGUUGAAGUACAUUUUAGAACUUCUUGGUUGGUUGAUUUGGGGAAAAACAAUCGUAUGUAGCUGUAGUAAUUUAAACCAUCAUAGAAAUAUAUAAUGAGGUACAGUAUUACUGUAUUUUAAUGGAUUUUCCAAACCUUUAUUCUGUUGACUAUGAUCCUUAAUUUAGAUUUUGUCUUUGGUUGGAUCAUCUUGUUGCAGCACAAACUCAACAAAAGUCAAGUUUGUUGUUGCUUGUUUAAAAUGUCUCUGUAUUUAUUAAAACAUAUUAUUGGUAUGAAGAAUAUUGGAACAUGCAAAUAUUUUAUAACAUUUUGCUGUCAAAAUGAAUUAUGGUAUGCCUCUAUUUAGCCCUCAGCCUCUGUUUAGCCCCUUCUAAUAAUUGCCCCAAUGAGAAGACAGAGGAAAUACAAUAUCGAUGGCAUGGUGUAGUUGAUCUUGGGGUUAUGGAGGUUCAAACGGAAACAAAAACUCAUUUUACCAUGAUGAUGUAGUUCUAAAAUGUUAUUGGGCUCCUCAAGGGAGGCCUUUGGGGCAUGGAACGGGGGGAUGAAGCAGUUCACAGUACUAGUGUUGUUAAAUUUUUUAAGUUUAGGGGCUGAGCCCCUCUUAAGAUCUUUGAGCUCCUAAACAACUUUUUGCCGGUUUAAUAAGUUUUUGCACAAUAUUUAAUCUGAAAUACACUAUACAGUUACCGUUGUUCCAGUUUAUUGAAUUUUGAAGGUCAG